CGAAGUUCAUUCACAGUGCAAACACAUGAAUAAAAAUGCACGGGUCUUUACCCUCAUUGGCCACUAGAUGGCACCGUGUCAUCCAGUAAUUACCAUCAUUUUUCUAACUACUGAAGACUGCAGCAUACAACUGCAGCGUGUUGUCUUGCAUGAUCCUCCGAAAUUCUGAGGUCCUGUCUUCGUGUAUUCACUCCUGAAGCAGAGUCCCUGGGGCAGAAAAGCCAUUCCCACCUACUCAUGUGUGAAGAAAGGCAGACCAGGCCGAGGCCCUCUUCAGAUUCUUACGCUGAUAGUUGCAGUAUUGAAGAACUCCUGAGAACGAUAUGAGUGUUAUUUUGAAUCUAUUGAAGCACUGAGUAUGCUAAUUAAGUAGCCAAUCAGCUGGUGCACAGUGACUACAUUGCUGAAGAAAACAAAAAAUUAGGAACAACUGAAAGCCGUUGUCGUCUCAUGCAAUCUACAUGUGAAAAUUCAGAUGUGAAGACUUUAAAACUAUUUCACCUUGUUAGCGAAAUUGGAGAACUCUUGGCAAAUGAUUCCUCCAAAUAAAGUAGGUUAGGCUGAAGUGCAACUAGUAGCAACAGUUUCUUUUUUUCCAUGACACUCCGCCACCUUGUAUCAAUUCCGGAACCCCGCCGAAAAUUCCACACGUUUUUAUUUUAAUUACCCCCUCCCGUCGCGCACCAAGACACUCGAGAGGGGAGAUGUUCAAUUGCCGCGAGCUUCUCCGUUAGACCACACAGCACUUUGUCGAGUGGCCUCGGAUGACACAGAUGAAGAAGAAUGAGAUGUCAGUUUUUACUUUUUUUAUCAAUCAUUUAACCCCUUUAUGUUUUUCAAAUAGUUAAGGAGUUUUUAAGAAUGUCGUCUAUGCAUUGUUUUGUCCUGCUCUUCCUAUCAUACGCUAUCAACUUGACUACCAGCGACAAAACCGCCGUCUCUAAAAGAUCCAGCUCUUUGGAUUCAGACGUUCCAGAAACGGGAAAGCAUGUCUGGUCAGCCAGAGGAAAGGCUUUGCUCACGAACCACCUUUUCUCACACGGUGUUGUCGACAAAGAGAACACGUCUUCCUUUAGAAUGCGUGCUGAUCAGGGGGAGGUCUGGGAUUGGCGCCCGGACCCCAUGGACCCCCAGCAGCACGCCAACCUGAGGGCCAAGAGGCGACCCAUUGUCAAGACGGGCAAAUUCAAGAAGAUGUUCGGCUGGGGCGACUUCCAGUGCAACAUGAAAACGGUGACGCUGAAUUUGCUCAUCACCGGCAAGAUCGUGGACCACGGCAACGGCACGUUCAGCGUGUACUUCCGGUACAACGCCACGGGCCAGGGCAACGUGUCCGUGGGCCUGGUGCCGCCCACCAAGGUGGUGGAGUUUGACCCGUUCCAGCGGGUCGCGGCGGACCCAUCCGAGUCCAAACUGUUCAACUGCCGGGUGGAGUACGAGAAGGUGGAGCGGGGCACCAAGAGCUCGCUGUGCGGCGGCUACGACCCGUCCAAGACGUGCCAGCAGGAGCAGACCCACAGCCACGUCUCCUGGCUCUGCUCCAAGCCCUUCAAGGUCAUCUGCGUCUACAUCUCCUUCUACAGCACCGACUACAAGCUGGUGCAGAAGGUGUGCCCGGACUACAACUACCACAGCGACACCCCUUACAUGCCCUCAGGGUGA